CACUAUAGUCCACUGCAUCUCUCUCCCCCUUCUCUCUGUGCCUCCCUCUCACCGUGAGAGAAUCAAAACCAAUUCCCCGGUCUUCUUCUGUUUGAUUCUUCACAGUACAGUCUCACUCUCAUUCUCUCUCUCUCUCUCUCUCUCUCUAAGAAUCGAUUCUUCCAGUUAGGGGUUUUUUUUUUUUUUUCAUCUUCAGUGAUGUACCUAUCGGAGAAGCCCCGCCCGAUCGAUUUCUACAAGGAAGGAGGGGGAGGGGGUAGGGACAUGAUGAUAGAAGUGGUUACCAAUGGCGGAUUAACGCCUCAGCAGCAGCCGCAGCAGCAGCAACUUUCGCAGCAUCAAAUGAUACUGGCCGAGAGCAGCGGGGAAGACCACGAGGUGAAGGCGCCGAAGAAGCGGGCGGAGACUUGGGUUCAAGAGGAGACUCGCAGUCUCAUAAGCUUUCGGCGAGAGGUGGAUGGCCUGUUCAACACCUCCAAGUCGAACAAGCACCUGUGGGAGCAGAUCUCGGCGAAGAUGAAGGAUAAGGGCUUCGAUCGCUCCCCCACUAUGUGUACGGACAAGUGGAGGAAUCUGUUGAAAGAGUUCAAGAAGGUGAAGCAGCAGGAUAGGGGGAGUGGUUCGGCGAAGAUGUUGUAUUACAAGGAGCUUGAGGAGUUGCUGCGGGAGAGGAGUAAGAAUGCUGCUCCGUACAAGAGCCCCGCCCCUUCCAAGGUGGAUUCUUAUAUUCAAUUCGCUGAUAAAGGUCUUGAGGAUACUAGCAUUCCGUUUGGUGCUGUGGAAGAAUUUCCAUGUAAACUUGAAGUGGGGAGGGGCUCUCAAAUCCAUUUUUGGAAAGACCCUUGGCUGGCAAGUGGCCGAUCAACAGUUAACCUAGAAAGGCGUUUGGAUCAUGAUGGUGACCCUCUAGCAAUUACCACAGCUGAUGCAGUUGGUGCCACUGGAGUUCCUCCUUGGAAUUGGAGAGAUACCCCUGGAAAUGCCGGGGAGGGCCACCCUGCUUUUGGAGGAAGAGUUAUCGUAGUUAAAUGGGGAGAAUACAGUAGAAGAAUUGGUAUUGAUGGGACUGCAGAUGCAAUCAAGGAGGCAAUUAAAUCUGCUUUUGGGUUGAGAACUAAAAGAGCAUUUUGGUUGGAGGACGAAGAUGAGGUUGUCCGCAGCCUUGACAGGGACAUGCCUCUAGGAAAUUACACUCUGCAUCUUGAUGAAGGGAUGACCAUAAAAGUCUGCCUCCAGGAUGAUUCUGACCGCAUAACAGUUCGUGCUGAAGAGAAAACAUUGUAUACUGAGAAUGAUUUUCGUGAUUUUCUCACUCGCCGUGGCUUGACAGGUCUGAGAGAGUAUGGUGGCUACAGAACCAUUGAUACCAUGGAUGAUCUUCGCCCUGGUGCAAUGUACCAGGGGGUUAGGCUUAUUGGGGACUACUAGAUUUUUUUCCCCUUACCCCCAUCUGAGUCUUUCGGCUCCAAAGCUCGUGCCAUCUUCUUCCCACAUUGUUUAAAAAAAAAAAAAAACAUUUACAGCUUGUUGCUUAUACAUUCUGCAGCAUUCAGAUCCAUGUAUAUUUUCUGAUUCCCAUGUGCCUUUGCAAGCUAGGUUACUUCUGCAACUCAUUCCUUGCAAGUAUCUUGUAGAUGUAGCUGAAUUUGUGUGGUUAGAAUGCCAUUAGGCGUGAUAUGUACUCGAAACAAACAGUUACACAUGCACAUAUAUACUCAAACCAGGAUUGGCAUUAUUAACAAAUAAGAUGACUUUUUAAGUAAA